ACCUCAUCAUCAUCAUCAUCAUCAUAUCAUUCAUCAUCUCUCCUCCACCACCCCCACGCCACUCCAAAAGUCUUCUCUCUCCUCUUUCUCUCUCUUCUGGAAGUCAUUCGAAAGCUUCGUGCUUUCUCACGGCACAGCACAGCUUCGCUCCUUCAAUCACGCCAUUUCCGCAAGAAGCCAUCUCCAUCUCCAUCUCCAUCUCCAUCUUCUUCGCCGAUCAGUUGUGGCUACCGUCCCCGAUCACCCUGCUUUCCGUGAAUUUCGGGGUCGGGUCGCGUCGGGUCGGGUCGAGCAUCGGUUCCGGCGGAGCACGGAGCCCGGAUUUUUUUGGCCGAUCGGCGGUGGGGAUCCGGGCAAUGGCGGAGGCGGGGAGGGACGAGGAAUUGAGCAGCAAGCAGAAGAGCUCGUUCUUCGGUCGGUCUUUCACCAUGCAGCAGCCCAAGGCUGUGGUCGAUCACCAUCCCUCCCUCGAGCGGGCCGGUUCCAUCAGGAAGUUGUACAGUUCGAUCGAGUCCUUCAAAGGUAAGGUCCUCAAGCUCCGCAAUUUCUUCGACUCCCCGAAACCCCGCCCGUCCCCCGCCGCCGCCAUCGCCGCCGCCGCCGCCGACAUUUUCCAUUUGCAAGCGCAAUCCCAGCUCCAAUCGCAGCUCCUUUCCAGGUUAAAGCCCACGAGAUCGCUCGGCUCGAGCUUUAGCAGCAACUCGUCGAUUCGGCUGCCCGGUACAGGGGAUAGGAUCGUAGUGUACUUCACUAGCUUGCAUGGCAUUCGGAGGACUUAUGAGGACUGUUAUGCGGUGAGGACGAUUUUUAGAGGGUUUAGAGUGUGGGUCGACGAGCGAGACGUUUCGAUGGAUUUGGCAUAUAAGAAGGAGCUGCAGAGUGUGUUGGGUGAGAAAAGAGUGAGCUUGCCGCAGGUGUUUAUUGGGGGCACGUACGUAGGUGGAGCCGACGCGAUCAGACAGAUGUAUGAAACGGGUGAGUUGGCGAAAAUCCUCGAACGUUUUCCCAAGAAAGCGCCGGGAUUUGUGUGCGAGGGCUGUGGGGAUGAGAGGUUUGUGCCGUGCACGAAUUGCGACGGGAGCAGGAAGGUGUUUGAUGAAGAUGAAGGGGUGCUCGAGAGGUGCUUGGAGUGUAAUGAGAAUGGGCUGAUGCGGUGUCCGGAAUGUGGUUCUUGAAUUUGGGCAAAUAAUUUUGGUCAUGCUCAAAACUACGUGUUGCCGAGGAGGUUAUUUCUUGACGUAAAUGAUAAUCUGCAGGAGGCUGGAGCCGGCGAUGAUGCAUCCCCUUAAUGGUUCCAAGGUUGAAUUUUUCCAGGAUUUUCUGGACUCUUUUAGCAGGGAAGGAAUGGUUCAUCAACUCCAUGAACUGGGUUAGUAAGUUAUUGUAUGUAAAGUCUAAGUGACAAUUUCACUGUUGUUUUUGUAUUUAUGCAGGAGAGAUUUACGCUCCUUGGAAUGUACAUAAAUAAUUUGACUUGAGAAUGUUUGUGGUUGUUUUUCACAAAUUAUGAUAAGAGGAGAGGGGAAAUUGAUAUUCCUUUUGUGCUCGA